GUUGAAUAAGAAUAUUGAAGGUUAUGUUCAUGUCGUAAUAUUAUUGGUUAUAAUCGUUAAGUCAAAAAUUUUAGAAAAAUAGUUUCCACCUCUUGGAAAUAGAUUAUACAAUGGAUGCAUAUGAUGUAUUUAAAAAACUAAGUCGAGGAGCCAAGUUUAUCAAAAAACCUAGCUCUGUGAAAAAUGCAGAGUUAAGAAAAGACGGACCCUCGAAACAAAACUGCUUUGAUGUUUCAACUGAUAACGAUGAAAUUACCUCCCAAUCGUUUGCUGAAAUAGAUGAACCGCCAGAAGAAUCAAUUACUAUUCUCGCUGGAUGGGAUAGCUCGAAAAGGGGAAAGAAACGGAAACUUGAUAAUGAUGAUCAUAAAGCAAAGAUACUGAAAGAGGAGAAAAUUAGACACUUCAGGAACCUGAAUAACAUUAGCGUUGUUGGCCGCAGAGUACCUGAACCAUCCAAAUCGUUUGAUGAUUUUAAUGUUGAAGCUGACAUCAUUGAAAACUUAAAACGAUGUGGAUAUGAGGAACCUACACCAAUUCAAAAGCAGGCUGUGCCAUUAAUGCUAGAAGGUAGACAAAUUUUAGCCUGUGCUCCCACAGGAUCUGGUAAAACCGCGGCUUUUCUCAUUCCAAUCAUAACAUCUUUGGGAGGCCCACAAAGGCAGGGAUUCAGAGCAUUGAUAUUGUGUCCUACGAGAGAACUGGCCAAACAAACCCAAAGGGAGUGUGUGAGAUUAUCGGAAGGUAGAGGUCUUCGGGUUCACGUAAUCAGUAAAAUCAAAAGAGCUUUGAGUCAGUAUGGUCCGAAUAGCUCACAGAAAUAUGACAUUCUGGUAACGACUCCAAACAGGCUAUGCUUUUUACUGAAACAGGAUCCACCAGCGGUUAAUUUGAAUAAUGUUCAAUGGUUGAUUAUUGAUGAAGCUGAUAAACUAUUCGAGUCUGGAAACAGAGGUUUCCGAGAUCAGCUGAACGAAAUUAUGAAAGCCUGCUCGGGCAAGGACAGAAAGAUAGCCAUGUUCAGCGCCACCUACACACCUAUCGUGGCGAAAUGGUGUGUUCAUAACAUGAAAGGAUUAGUCAGAGUGACUGUAGGACAGAG